AUGGCGCUUACCACAGUUCGCAUUACAGAUGGAAUCUGUCCCAUCUUCUCCUCAGGCUCGAGACGAGCUCACAACCUCCAUUUUUCCCACCUGAAGUCAACCCAAAGAUUGACCUCCGUCGCGACUGGACGCCGCCGGUACAGAGCGAAAGUAACUGCGACGGUAAAUCCUUAUUCGAACACGGAGGCGGCACGGCCCGAGGAGAGGAAGAGUUUGAGGGAUUUUCUGGCGGAAGCUGAGAAUUUUUUGAUAUCAGACGGCGGAGACGGAGGUCCGCCUCGGUGGUUCUCUCCAUUAGAGUGUAGCUCACGCGCUCCAGGAUCUCCUCUUCUCCUCUAUAUACCUGGGAUCGAUGGUACUGGAUUAGGGCUCAUCCGUCAGCAUAGGAGACUUGGAGAGAUAUUCGACGUAUGGUGCCUUCACUUUCCAGCCACGGAUCGUACACCUGCUCGAGGUGCCUUCUUAUCUGUUGUUUCAUUUCACCGUUAUACAACCAAAUGGAUUAUUAAUCUUGUUUUAUGUAAAUUUUCAGACAUUGUGAAACUCAUUGAGAGGAAAGUUAGGUCAGAGUACUACCGUGUCCCAAACAGACCCAUUUAUAUAGUUGGAGAAUCUCUUGGAGCUUGUCUUGCUCUAGAUGUUGCAGCAAGUAACCCGGACAUUGAUAUUGUCUUGAUUCUUGCUAAUCCAGUCACACGCUUAAACAACUUCAUGUUGCAACCUUUAUCGAGUCUACUGGAAUCAUUGCCAGACGAAGUUCCUAGCUUGAUAAAAGAGAAUUUUGGGUUUAGAGAAGGUUAUCCCUUUGCAGCAAUGUUUGAGAGUAUGUUGAAUGAAACUAUGGCGCAGAUGGGUGGAGGGCUCCUAGAAGAUCUCUUUGCCGCCUCAGCUAAUCUGCCUACUCUGACUAAGAUCUUUCCUAAGGACACACUUCUAUGGAAGCUUCAACUGCUUAAGUCUGCUUCAGCAUCUGCUAAGUCCAAAAUGUACACUGUCAAAGCCCAAACACUAAUACUUCUGAGUGGACGUGAUCAAUGGUUACUGCACAGAGAAGACAUUGAAAGGCUCCGUUUUGCAAUGCCAAAAUGUGAAGUCCGUGAGUUUUAUAAUAAUGGACAGUUCCUCUUCUUGGAGGAUGGUGUAGAUCUUGCAACUAUCAUCAAGAUUUCCUACUAUUAUCGCCGUGGGAAGAUACUUGAUUACAUUUCAGAUUACACGCUUCCUACUCCCUUUGAGCUCAAAGAGUUUGAACAAUCACAAAGAUUGCUAACAGCUGCAACUGAUCCAGUGUUUCUGUCAACGCUAGAAAACGGUACGAUAGUAAGAUCACUUGCAGGAAUACCUUCAGAGGGACCGGUUCUGUAUGUUGGCAAUCACAUGUUGUUUGGUCUAGAACUGCGUCCAGCAGCGAUUCAUUUCCUGAAAGAGAGAAACAUUCUGUUGCGUGGCCUUGCACAUCCAGUGAUGUUCACCAAAAAGAUAGGCUCAAAGCUCCCUGACAUGCAGAUGUUCGACUCAGCUAGGAUAAUAGGCGCAGUUCCUGUCUCGAAUAUGAACUUCUACAAGCUGCUUCGUUCAAAGGCUCAUGUGGUUUUGUAUCCUGGAGGUGUCCGUGAAGCCUUGCACAGAAAGGUAAGGAAUGGAUUCUCCAUGUUUGGGUUUUUGAGAGGCUAUAAUGACAUAGUUUCCCUUCAGGAUGAAGAAUACAAGUUGUUUUGGCCUGAACAUUCAGAGUUUGUAAGGAUUGCAUCUAAAUUUGGAGCAAGAAUCAUUCCUUUUGGUGCUGUUGGAGAAGAUGAUCUCAUUCAAAUGGUUUUGGAUUACAAUGAUCAAAUGAAGAUCCCUUUCUUGAAGAAUCUCAUAGAAGAGAUAACACAUGACACUAUUAAGCUGAGGAACGAUGAAGAAGGGGAAGUGAGGAACCAAGAUUUGCAUAUGCCUGGAAUCAUUCCAAAGAUUCCGGGACGGUAUUACGUAUAUUUUGGGAAACCGAUAGAAACAAAAGGUAGAGAGAAAGAGCUAAUUGAUAAAGAGAAAGCUCAUGAGGUUUACUUGGAGGUCAAGUCUGAAGUUGAAAGAUGUAUGACCUAUUUGAAGACCAAAAGAGAAACUGAUCCUUACAGAAACAUAUUGCCAAGGCUGCUUUAUUACCUCUCACAUGGUUUCUCUUCUCAAGUCCCAACCUUUGAUCUCCCUAAUCAUUAA